AUGCUUCGACGAUUGGGCACCAGGCAACCGGACACGGCAAACCACAGAGCAGACGGCUGGUCGCCAGAUGACGGCCCGCCUUGCGGACGCCGGGUCCGACCGCGCGCCCUGUCUUUCGGCCGGCGCGGCGGGCAGACAUGGGACGAUGGAGGCCAAGGUUGGGCUGAUGUGGGCUGCUGGGACCGACCAAAGUCUGCUGUAGAGCGGCACGAAUGCGUGGCCAUUGACGCCUGGAAGUGGCUGGCUAGGAGAUGGUCGCUUGACCCGUCGGGACAAGGGAGCCACAGCAGCGGCACUGGACUCGAUUAUGAGGCCGCCAGCCUACUGCCGACAACCUUGCUGAGCAGCAAAUCCAGAUCGGCUCCAUGGCCGACACGCCAGCCAGAAUCGCACAAAUUCACAUCCAUUCCGGCUACCCCAGAAGCGAACGACGGCGCUGACGACAGCGAUACCGACGCCGAGAUGGCAGACCUCGCCGACGAGGUCCGCCUCGAUCGGGAGCGACAGAACCUCGCAAGGCGGCCCUGCGCCCGGUAG